AUCCACGCUGGGCAUCCUGGUCUUUGGGCAUUUUUAUUUGCAUUAGAUGCUCAGGCACUCAUCGAUCUAUGGGGACCCAUAUUAGUCGUGUCCGUCGAUUUGGACACAUGGACCACAGAACAAGUCGAAAAUAUGACUCAAUGGGGCAAUGCAAAAGCAAACCUCAAUAUUGACAGUUGGAUUAGAUCCAAAUAUGAACUAAAGCGGUGGGCAAUGAAGGGUCCGAUACCCGAUCCAGCUACAUUAGGCGAUGGAUAUUCGAAUAAAUCCCAGGAAUUGCCAUCUUCAACCAAAAUUGUCAAUGAAUCUCAAAUUUCGGAGAGAUCCUCACUACCUUCAAAAACAAAUGAAAAUAAUAUAUUGGAUAUUUUCGCUCCUUCAUCUAUAUCCAACGUUCCAUCAAAUAAUCCUUCAUCAGUAUCGCAGCUUAAAGGUGCUGACCUAUUUUCGAUAGGUCAACCAUCUCUUUCAAGCAAUGUACCUUCUAACCCAGUCCAGGAAAAUUCUAAUCCCCAAGCAACCCAUUCAUCCACUUCAACUUCCACAUCUAACCAUGAUACUUUGAAGUCAUCUAUUUUAUCAUUAUAUAACAGUCCAAAUUUGAAACCAAACACGUUGCCCCAAUCCUUUCCAGGAAAUUUUAGUUCUCCCAAUCUUCCUUUACGUAACGCAAAUAAUUCUACUCCACCACAGAAUGCUAACAGAAACGGAAAUGCUUACAUGAAUGAUCUGCUGGGUGGAUUCAUGUAA